AUGGAAUCGACCAGCCCUCCGGCCACCAAAAUCAUCCCAGUUCCCGUGCCGGCGAUCCAGCACGAGGGCACGUACACAUAUGUGGCGGUCAAGGGAUCCCUGUAUGCGUCCGACAGCGCGGUGUUUGGGCUGAGCAAGGAGGAAGAGACGGCGCUGGCGAACAGAUUUGCCACGGAUUCUGACAAGAUUGUGGGCGGAGUGAUGAUCAAGAAUCAUCCGAUUAAGGUGAUCAACACGCUGAGUCAGCUGGGCUACAAAGUGGUGUCAAGCACAGGUGAAGCCGAAGUGGUGUGGACAAUGCAGCGUGAAGUCUAA